AUGACUUGGGACGAAAUUGAUGUCGUUGGAGUGCCUCCUUCCCCAAGGUCUGAUCAUGUUGUUGCUGUACAUGUGGAGCGAUACUUGCUCAUCUUCGGAGGGGGUUCACAUGCAACUUUCUACAAUGAUUUACAUGUUCUCGAUUUGCAAACUAUGGAAUGGUCUUGCCCCAUACAACAAGGUGAGAUACCAACUCCACAUGCAGGACAUGUUGGUGUGACAGUAGGAGAGAACUGGUUCAUUGUUGGUGGUGGCGACAACAAGAGCGGGGCUUCGGAGACGAUUGUACUGAACAUGUCUACACUGGCUUGGUCAGCAGUAACAUCUGUUCAAGGGCGCGUUUCUGUUGCUAGUGAGGGCUUGAGUUUGGUUGUAAGUUCGAAUGAUGGAGAAGAUGUACUUGUAUCUUUUGGAGGAUACAAUGGACGUUACAACAAUGAAGUAUAUGUUCUUAAACCAAGCCACAAAUCCACCUUGCAAUCCAAAAUAAAUAAAAAUUCCAUACCAGACAGUGUUUCUGCUGUAACAAAUGCUACAAAUGCUACUCGAGAUUCGGAGCCUGAACUUGGAGCAGGACAAGAAGGGAAAAUCUGGAAAAUUACUGUGGACAACGCUUAUCCAACAGUUUUGGAUUUGAGAAGAUGGACUUGGUCAAAGCUCGAGGCUAAAAUUGGAGACGAACCCUCUACAACUUUGGACCCUUGUGCUGGCCAUUCUUUGGUUUAUUGCAUGGGGAAAUAA